GCUUACUGCAUCUGAACACUCGAUGAAGUCAAGUACAAAACGGGACGAUCAAAACCUGUGAGAUUUAAAUUUCUGUGCCGCUUCUCCUAGAUACCUAGAAUAGCUUUUUUUUUUUUUGCCUGCGACACAAGUGUGCGGAUCGUAUAAAGAGCAGUGAUACCAAAUGGAGAGUGCUAGACAAAAACCUGUGAUGUAUUUUGGCCAACACUGGUACAGAAUGAAAGCUGCUGUCUACCUAUUCAUGCUUCUCUUUGCCACACCAUUCUGUCUUCUGUUCACCAUUGGUUGUUGGCUGUUUGGAAAGAGAACCAGACAAGAUCAACAGAUUGCAGAAAAACUCAGACAGACUGUGCUGGUGUCAGGUGUUGCUCACACCAAAGGUCUCCACAUUGCCAAAACCUUGGGCAAAGCUGGUCACAGAGUUAUUGUGGCUGACACAGAAGACUUCUGGUGCUCUGCUGUUCAAUGGUCUCACUUCAUUUCAAAAUUCUACACAGUGCCAAAUUUAAAUUCCUACAAUGGAAAAGAAAAAUAUAUUAAUGGAAUGAUAAAUGUUGCAAAGGCUGAGAAUAUUGAUUGGUAUAUUCCAGUUAGCCACACAAAGACGGCUGUAGCAGACACAAUCAUUAAACAGCGUCUGGCAGAAGUAAACCCUUUGAUAAAAUGUCUUGUUUUUGACGACCCAAAGUUGCCCACUAUUCUUGACAGUAAGGUUCUUUUUCUUAAGGAAUGCCAAGAGCUUGGACUUCAAGUGCCGUACUUUAAGGAAGUGAAUAGUACAAGUGAAGUCCAGGAAAUGGCUAGGAAGGGUCUUUUCUCAAAAGGCCACUACUUUCUGAAACCUUUGAUGCCAUAUUCUGAAGACCGAUUAAACUUCACUUACAUACCAAGCAAUGCAAAAGAAUUUGAUAACUAUAUUGCUUGCUAUGAGAGAAAGGUUAACAGUAAUAAUCCAUACCUGAUCCACCAGUUCAUAACGGGAAAGGAAUUCGCAGCCAAUGCCAUCGUUGUGAAUGGAUAUCUCCAAGCCUUUCAGGUAUGUCCUUGUUCACCAAUGCAGAUUGAUUAUGAUGUUGUCCAACACCCUGCAAUCAAAAGGUGGGUAGUGGAGUUUUGCAGAGCCAAGCAACUCACAGGUUGCAUUUGUUUUGACUUCCUGGAAGAUGAGAAAACUGGUGAGGUGUACUGUAUUGAGUGCAACCCACGGCUCCAUUCUGCCAUUGUCUCUUAUGACAUGCAGCCAGAUCUUGAGAGAGCUAUCCGUGGAGCCAUGGAUACUCGAUUUCAGCUUGAGGUUCCAGUGGAGCCGUCUCCUUCCUCUACCCACGUCUACUGGUUAUACAAUGAAAUUGCCAAAGUUUGGCUUUUCCAGCAAGGUUUUGGAGAGUUUCUGCAGGUUUUGCAGAAUGGUAAAGAUGGAGUUCUGGAUGCCAGUGAUCCUGUGCCAUUCUUUAUGUUCAAUCAUUUUCAGAUGCCUGUGAUGCUUAUUCAAGCAUUUAUCAGUGGAAAGAAAUGGUCUAUAACAAAUUAUUGCCUUGGACAACUGAGGUAACUUCAAGUUACUUUCAUUGAUAUAUGGUCUAUUGGGACAUUUGACCUUCUUAUCUCAUUUCCGUCUCUCAGGACUGUAUGAAUCUGUGUUCAAUUUCAUCCCAGUAAACAAAGCAAUGCUAAUUGAAAAUAUGAAAUAUGAAGGGUUUGUGGAAGGUACUCAUAUCAGCCACACCUGUUUCAUGUAUGUCUUAAUCUCUUCUCAUUCACCCAAUAUUGACUAAAAGACAGUCUAUCAAACCAGUAAAGGAGAGAUCAACAGUAAUUUGAAUACCAUUUAUUGAAAGUGUGUUUUGAUGUGAUCUUUGUAGAAUGUUGAAAGGGAUCAGUUCUUGCUUUUAACCAAUUAGUACUGUUUGGUAACUGCACCAUUAUGCACCAAGAGUAAUUAUUACUUUCAGCAGAGUUGUGGUGCUAACAAUUUUGGUACAAAAACUUUUUUUCUAUAGGGUGAGUCUGGGUGAAUUAGUAUUAAAAUUUAUCCCAACAAAGAGUGGAACACUAAAAUUAUGCAUUAGAAGGGGUUAAGGGUGACACUUGUGUCUCGCACACCCAGUAUUUAAUCCCAAUCUCUUCUGACAUUUAUUUAAUAUUUACUUCAUUAAGGGAAAAAAAAAAGACUGCAAGGCAUUCUGUCACAGUUUUAACUGAGACAUCAAAAUAAAGGGAUAUGAAUAGCACCUAUUUAGAGUACUUUUAAUUAUUUAUUUCAUUAAGCACCCAUAUUGAUUAAGGUCUCCCCCCAAAAUAAGAAAAGAAAGAAAAAAAUUAAGUAAGAGGAUUUUUUUUCUUUACCAGCUUAAAAAAAAUUUCUAAAUUCACUUUUUGUGGUACAAUUUCAAGAUGUUUUAUUUAUUGUUUUGUUGAAAAUGAACUUACUGCUUGCUGAAAAUUGUGAAAUGAAAUACAGCACCCACUCACAAAGUCCAUAAAUUUAAUAAGCGCCCUUUGCACAUAAUCAGUAUUUAAUUAUAUCUUUGUAGAAUGCUUUAAUUAAGGGGUCAUGCACGUUUUGCUUCACUGUAAUCACAUUUAGCCAUUACACCUCCAUUCAACAAGGGCAAUUAGGAGAGUGGUGUGUCAGUGCAACAACAAAGUAGUACAGUUUUAUCCAAAUGAGUCUAAGUCAGGGCCUGGUUGUUCAAAAGGUGGAUUGUGAAGUGAUAAUCCAAAACUAAAAGUCUAACAUGUAAAGAUGAAACAAUUUUAGUGUAAUAGAAAAAUCCGAGCCCCAGAUGGGACUUGAACCCACGACCCUCUGU